UAUUUGUAAGUAGUACUACUCAACGAUGGGUCAGAGGAUUUUUCUAUUGUCAAACAAGUAACAGGCGAAGAUAUUUUUUAUUUUUAAAUAAUACACUUCAUCAGCAAACUAGAAGGUCUUUUUUAUCUUUGAAUAAUAUUUAAGCGAAAAUGGCAGAAGCGCCGACAUUCACGAAACCGACAAUUACUGAACCAGUAAAUUAUAUUCACGAAAUCCGACAAAUGAUGCAUGGAUUUGGUGACAGCAGUGAGCCACUGUUCGACUCUGCCAAGAUCAUAGAAGAAGUUGUACUGCAACAAAUGAGAGCAAUUACCAGGAGAGCUUAUGAAAUUGCUGAUAGACGUGCUAGUUCAAAGAAAAGCAAUGUUCUUAGUGGAGAGGACUUACUCUUUUUAUUGCGUAGAGACAAAGUUAAACUUCGUCGUAUUAUCAAAUAUCUUGAACUCAAAGAAUUGGGAGGCUCAGUUAAUAAGAUAGUGGAGAAUGAUAUAUCAGAAAAUAUUACUGAUACUGAUCAGUUAAACAAUAGCAAUAAAAAAGUACCAUUUCAAAGUUUCCUGGAACAAAUUGACAACACGGGUGAACUUCUAGAAAAUAUAUCAUCCAUUGCAGAUGACAUCAAGCACCAGAGAUGCAUCCGUGCAGAGAUAGUGACGAGGUCCAUGGAUGAAAUACGCUAUAUAAAAUACAGCAAAGCACGUCGUGUAUCUUUUGCGAACAAAAAUCGCCAUAAAUUCAGCGAUUGGAUCUGUACAGAUGGAGAUAUUACGCUGUCGAAACAAGCGUAUACAAUCUUGAGUUAUUUGGCCUAUGAAACGGUCGCUCAAAUCGUCGAUCUCGCCUUUCUCGUCCGGCAAGAUCAAAACAAAAUAUAUGGUGAUCCCAUAGAUCGGCAACGAUUGAGCUACGUUAAUCCAUUUACGUACAAACCAUAUAUAGCCAGCCAUUAUUAUCAAUGCAAGGGUGUCGUAACGAAACCACUAACUCCUUCGGAGAUAUCCGAAGCCCUUAGAAGAUACUGGUCUCCACAGCUAGCUAUGACAGGCCCGUUUAAUAAAUGGUCUAUGCGAGGGCCUCACUUAAAACUCCUUCCCUGCUAGACAUAAAGAACUGAGAAAGAGAGAUUUUCUACUUAAAAUUGGACUGGAUCCGCCGCCAAUGUUCCUUAUGAGAUUUCGCAGUGUCUUAGGAUUCUCCAACAGCGGCGAUUCUCUGUUAUUUAAGUGCCAAAAUUGGUGUUAGAUUGUAAGCAUCUUUUUUCUUCUAUUUUUUUUUUACACGACAUGGGAGAGAUGGAUACGUACUGAGCAAUAAUGUAAAAGUCGUCCAUGAUUUGAGGAUACUGGGGUGCUGGGCCUGGGUUCACAUCCGAUACGCUCUCUAUCUUAACAGACUCGCUCAGUCGUUGCCUCAGUAGCUCAUUCUCUUCUUGCAAUCGUUUCAACUUGUUUGUAUCCUCAUCUAUCGUGAGUAACGUAGGCUGUGGCAUGCACUAAGGGGUAAUCACAUUAAAUUCCCAUCAAUCAAUAUUGUAUUCUAUAUCACAUACUCUAGCAGAACUGAUAUUUUUAUACUUUGCUUUUUUUACAACAGAAAAUUUACAAACAAGAUAUUAAUGUUCUGUUCAAUAUCUAUAUUAUAUAUUUACUAUAUAUUAUAUACUGAUAUUGAUUUAUAUAUUGAUGUAAUUAUUUAAUAUCUUAUUGUGAUAUCAAUUUUAAAUUCAAAUAUACACAGUGAAGGUAUCUUUUUACCUACUUGAAAAAUUGUUGCUAGGAAAUUAUGUAAAGAUACUAACAUAGUAUCAUGCCACUGCUUACUAAAAUGCACGGAAUAAGUUGGAUUGUCUUCAGGAUUCUUGACAAAGGGGAAUGCUGCAAUAUUGUAGAGUACAGUAAAAUUGGAAUGUGAUGCACAUAUUCUCACGUUACUGUAGAUACACAAAAUAAAUGAAAAAUAUACCGAA